AUGGAGCGGGAGAUGUACGCAAUGCAGUUCAGCGUCAGCAGUGAUGACCUUCUGGGUGUGGGCUAUGGUCAGUCUGGCUCCAGUAAGCAGAAACCAGGCCUGGUGUGCUGCUGGUCUCUCAAAAAUAUCACGUGGCCUGAGCGUGCCAUCCAGUGUGACAGCGCUGUGACUUCCCUGGAUUUCUCAUCCAAUAACCCGAGUCAGCUGGCUGUGGGCAUGCAGGACGGCAGCAUUGCUAUCUACAAUGUGAAGAGUCAAGAUAGCGAGUCAUGUGUCCUCAGCAGCAGUGAAUGUCCCAACAGGCACUUGGAUCCAGUGUGGCAGCUCAGAUGGACCCAGCAGGAGUUGAGGCUGACAGGAGAGGAGAUGGUGGAGUCUCUCUUUUCUGUGGCUGCAGACGGAAGGAUCAGCAAGUGGUUUAUCUGCAGCAGUGGCCUCGACUGCAUAGACCUGAUGAAGCUCAAGAAGAUCCAGAGUACCAAGAAGAAGGCAGAAAAUGUUCUGUCAGCUCUUACUCCUGGUCUGUGUUUUGACUUCCAUCCAACCGAAUCCAGUGUCUAUUUGGUCGGCACAUUAGAAGGGCUCAUUCACAAGUGCUCCUUUUCCAACAAUCAGCACUUUCUGGAGACGUACAGGAAGCACUUUUGUCCUGUGAACCGCAUCACAUGGAGUCCACUCUGUCCAGAUGUGUUCCUGAGCUGCUCCUCUGACUGGACCAUCCAGCUGUGGAAGCAGGACCACCAUUUCCCCAUGUUCGGCUUCAGCUCCACCCAGAUAGCAGUAUGUGACAUCAAGUGGUCCCCGAAGUGGGCCACAGUAUUUGGAGCCAUUAAUGAGGAACAACUGGAGAUCUGGGACCUGAAUUCAAGCAUCCUGGACCCAAUCAUUGUGCAGCCUGCUGCGGCUGGUGUGAAGAUGGAGUCCCUGGUGUUCGCCGCACAGACAGACUGUGUCCUGGUAGGAGACAGUGACGGACACGUGACCGUCUACCAGCUCAAGAACCUCAGUGUGGGAGAGAGCAGCCAGGUGGAUAUUCUGGAGGGCAUCCUUCGCUCUGCUGCUCCCAAACAGCUUUAAGAAACACAGACAGAUGUAAACCCAAACCAUUUGGGUUUCUGUCUGCGAACACGACAUCAGUACACAGAAAAGUGUGUCCAGAUCUAUAAGUAACACAGGUGUAUUUUGGCAUAGGUCAUUACUGUACGUUGUCCUUUACUGUUGAAAGCAUCAGACUAAACAUAAUGGUUAAGAUUGUUCAGAGUUCAAGCUUCAAGGGAACAGAAAAGUCACUUCAUUUCAUUUGAAUUCUAUUUCAUUGUUGUGCAAAAGAAGAAUGAAUAUUAUUCUUUAAAUAACACACCAUAUUUCAUUUUUAUGUGACUGUAGUUUAUAAAGUCCUGAAGCCAUUCAAAUCCUCCAAUUCCCCAAAUCAAUGCCAAUGAGCUCAGUGUCUGGUAGCUGGGACCACUCCUGUGGAAUAGACCUACCAUUGCUGAAAUCAAUAUGAAAUAGAACAUAAAUUAUGCUUAUAUUUCAGUCUUAAUCAUCCCUGUAUACUGAAGAGUUGACUGAUUCCUGUGCAUGAUGAAAUGCUUUGAGUCAGAGGUCUGCUGACACCUUGUGACCAGAUUUAGUAGGACAGAAGAUUGAGUGAAAAGAGGUGAAUCUUAUUCGUCUGACUCUACCUGCUUGACCUGCUCGGAUGCUUUGUUGGUCAUACAAAAGUUAAGAUGAGUUUACUUUUCUCCAACUCUCCUGGCUUCCUCUCAUUACUCUGAAUUGAUGUGUUUUCCUUUUAUCUUGUGCAUUUCUAUAUUAUAUAGCAAGCUACCAGGGCUCUCUCUCCUCCUUCAGAUCAAUCAUUUUAAAAUGAUGUAAAGGAUAGUCAGGACAGACAAACAGGAAAAGGGGAGAGGACGACAUGCAGCACAGCACUGCGGGUCGGAUCUGUAAGGUCUCAGCUUUGGUACAUUAACAUUCAAUGAUUGUUGAAGAUUAAACUAGCGGUUGGCAAACCUUUUUGGAUUGUGACCCCUUACAAUAAAAGGGCUCUGGGUGGAACGCCGUGUCACAUUUCAGAUGUGUGCGAGUUAGCAGUACCACCAAAGACUAAACUUCUCAAAUGAUCUCAUGUUAGCAAUAGUUUGUCACCAGAAUCAACAGACUAGUAGAGGACAGAUCCACCUUUUACCCAACCAAGCACAGUGUGUUUCUGUAUGUGCAUGUGAAAAUGCACACACUGUAAAAGCAGAUUUUUUUUUGGCAAGAAAAAUGUCCUUUAAGUUUAAACCAAACCUACACCCUUGAUCUCAAGACCCCAGAACCACUGGACUAAACCACCAAACUGACUCCACAUGGACCAGCCUCAACACUAAAGUACUACUUCUGCAUUCAUGCAUCAGUAUGAACAAUGAGUCAUAUGUACCUGGUGUACAAUAAUGAAUGCAGAACUUCAGAGUACUUCUUCCACCACGAAUAUUGUGGAUGUUUAUAGCAGCGGGUAUUUACAUUCAUGAUUUUAUAUCUCUUGUUUUUAAGAAUCAGAGGUUUCUAAAAAUCUGUGGAAAGUGAACUUAACAAAUCAUAAAGUUAACUAUCUUCAAGUUCUAAAUGGAAUUGGUGAGGCCGCUCAGUCACAGCUUUGCUUCAUCAGACUACUCUGAUGUGAUCAGCUCCUCUUCACUCUUGUACAAGGAUGUUACAGCAUCUUUUAGAGGAAGUGGCAAAUACACAAAAAGUAUUCAUCAAAAAAGACGAGUCGUUGCCGUGUUGUCCCAAACCUUUUAUUGCAGCAAAAGAUCAUUUACAGAAAACUGUGACACUUCAAAUAUCCACAAUCCAUCAUUACUUCACAAUAAUUUAAGCAUCAUCAGUAUUAGACCUGCAGACAGCUGAGGCAGCUGUUAACAAACAACUGUAUUUCCUCAUAAUACUGUGGAGCUCGUCUACUGUUUCCAGCCGUCAACAACUGACCCCCUCUUUGUCUGGGAGCACCGCUGUCCAUGUCAUCGCAGCACGUACAUGACUUCUCAUCAAAGAUCAGUAAUGAAAGAGAUCCUAAUCUGUUUCACCGGGUUGCUGCAGUGUGUGGUUGCUCUGCGGCUUUAUUUCAUUGCUCUUCCUUUUGUAUUGUUAGAGAAUAAACCAUUGUCCUGAAGUAGCACAGCCCCUUAAACCUGCCUGUCAAACAUCUUAUGGCUUUGUGAAAAGCUUUCAACGUAUUUUCAAAAAUUUUUUUUUUUUUUUUUUUUAAACGUUAACUUUUAAAAAUCUAGAAGCUCUCUCUUGGUAAAGACUGUAAUCUUCAAUGUUAAAAAGGUUUUACAGUUCACAUUGACUUACAAAGUGUCAGGAAGUAGAAAAGACCAGCUAGUAGACGAGACAUCCUACAAAAACUUCUACUGCACACCAUGAAAACAAUCUGGUAGUUACAAAAUGUCAGGACUAGAAACACAAAGUGGGUCUGUGACACCAAAUAAAAGAAUAAAAAAAGAGGUAUGUUUUACGUGGUCUCUGUUCUUCCACUAGUAGUGUUGUGAUUUAUCCUAAAACAUCAGAUCGACAUAUUGUUUGUCCGCAUCCCAACAGGAAUGUGUUCUCCACAGAGCUGCACCCAUUUACCCAAAGCUAAAAUAUCUUCUGAUGCAACAGGGACACCAGAGGAUGUUUACCUGCAGAUCUGGCCAUCGCCUUCAAAAUAAGAUGCAUAACGCUCUCAUAAUUCCACAAUUUUAAUUCUGCGAUGGAAUGAUGUUUUGCUCUCUGAUAACAGGGCCCUGCUACCGAGGAUCAGUGACUGAAACACACACCAAGACAAAUUCUGAUUCUGUCACAAAGGAAAAGGGAAGAGUGACUAAAGAAACGUGUCGCCAACUUUCCCUUUUAGUAAAUAAAAAACAUGUCACUGAUGAUAAAAACAAAGAUGUCGGAUAAUUUAACUGGAGGCCGACUUCCACAGGAAUAUGAUGCCUGAUGCAUUUCUCCAUUUGUGAUUCAGAGAAAAGAAAGUGGAGUCUGGAUCACACGGGGUUAAAAUGCUUCAGUGCUACUAUCCUGUCUGCAUCAGCCUGCUAGACCAGAUCCAUGUAUAGCUGGUGUGUUUAAAA